UAGGGAAUCAUUUAAAAAUACCAUCGACAACUAGUCGACGCACAGAAGCCCUCUUUUGCCGUUUAAGAGUAGAUUUUCCACAGUUAAACUCUUAUCUGUUCCAAAGAAAAUGUGUUACAUCUCCCUAUUGCCUCCACUGUUUAUCUCUGUCUUCACCAGUAUCGUGUAAAGAAGACUGUAAUCAUUUUCUAUUUGAUUGCUCUAACUAUUCUUCGCAUAGAAACGUUCUUAUUAAUCAAUUUAAAAUACUAAAUAUUCCAUUUAAUAAAAACGCUAUUCUAUUAAGAUCAUCUUUCAACAAAACUAAUUAUUUCAAAAUAUAUGAGGCUGUAUGUCAAUUCAUAGCUAACACCGCUCGUUUUAAAUAAUCUCCAAAUUCCAUUGUGCUACCAAAAACUUACACUUCGCGCUUACUCCUAUGACUCUCGCUUUUACGUGUGAUAUCUCAACAGACUGUGGUCUCUCUCUCUUCUCCAUAUGUUUUUUUCCGCGUCAUCUUUACAGUAACGAUAUAAACUUGAGAUUUCUUACUCAUGUAUUAAGUAAACUAUGAACAUGUAAUGUGACAAUUGUCUCGAUUUGCUCUGUAUUUCACUGAAAUAAAAAAGUUUAUAUAAAAAAAUAUAUAAUCUUGAUAAAUACUGCAACUAACUCGACACUCAAAGCAUCUGGGUUUAGCGCUAUAAAACUUAAGAAGAUGUAUCAGGGUACAGUAUACAUCACGUGAUAAACAGCAUAGUCAUCAACAGUCGAUCAACAAUUUGCAUAGAUAUAUCGAAACUCAUUCGUACCUGGAUAAAAGCAAGGUAUGGAUUUCUAUUGCGAUAAACAUGGUCUUUCUGGCGGUAGGCAUUGACUCAUCGCUGCAGUGAGCUAUGUCUCUUAUCGCGAUCUACUUCAAUAUUUUUUUAUCUAGAUGAGUGAAAGCGUUAUCUACAUAAUAAUUCUGUCUCGAUAUAGCGUAAUAAAAUUUCAACUAGCUAUAUCGAAACACCAAUUUUUAUCGCAAUAGGUAGGUAGCUUAUUCCGAUAACGUAUAUAGCAUGACAUAUCGAAGUAGAUCUAUUAGGUCUCGAUAGUGAAUUUAUCGCAAUAAAUAUGAUAAGUAUCGUGAUAUUGCCAAUUUUUUCCACCAAUAUCGAGUUAUAUCGCCCGAUAGUUGCUUAAAAAGUCCUCAUGGGAUAUAUGUUAAACAUGAUAGAUAUGUCUUAAUCUUGAGAUAUUAUAUACGAAUAUAGAUAAUAGUUAAAUAAAUCGAGAUAAAAUUGUUUUUGUAUAAAUAGUAUUUAUAGCUAGACGUUUCAAUUUAUUAGCUAACUUUUCAUCAGUAGUAUAACAUUCAAUUCAUAAUUAAAAACAUAAUCAAAUAUUAACGUGUAACUAACGUAGUUUUGUACAUAAUCAUUAACUUAUGUUGAUAGUAAACGAAAAUUUACAAACGUGAUACAUAACAUGCUUUAUUCCUUAUCUUUCUAUGAUUUUUCAUCUAAUGAUUAGUCACUAAUCAUUGUUAGUAUUCAAAUAUUUGUUAGUACAAUAUUGAUUCCAUUAUGACAGUAAAAAAACCAAAUGAUAUAGUUUAAUAGCUGAAUCAGAAAAAGAUUAUUUUUAUUAUUUUAGUUAAACAACAUAAUGAAUGGUUUGAUAAAUGCAUUGAUAUUAUUUAUCCAAUAAUUGAAUGGUUAAGAGAUUAUCAAAUUGAUAAUGUAAAUGAAUUAAUUUUUGAUCUACAAAAUAAAAAUGAUAAAUCAACAUCGCUUAUUCAGCUUUGUGUUAUGAAAUUGGCCAACAAAGGUAAGAGCAUAGUAAAUCAGAUUUUAGAAAAACAUGUUAAAGAACAACAAAUGAUGGCUCAGUUGCAACAACAAAGUGCUGAUGAUACGUCACAACAGCCAGUGAUGUUAGUGUUACUGCAACAGAGGGUUAAGUGGAAAGUGGUUAUUUAG